UUUGGGAGAAAGGGUUUAAUAUAUCACCAUUCCAUAGUCCCAUACCAUAUACCAUAGGCUAUUUGUUCUGGGACUUCCUCCUCUAUCUCUCCUUUCCCUCACCCUGUAUUUGUUUUAUCUAUUCUCUAAGCUUCAGCGCUGCAAGACCGCCCUGAGGCACGAACCCAAAAAUUCUCCACUGGUUUCGCCUUUCCUAUCCGCGUUGAAUUCCUGGCUGUCGAAACUCGGUCGUGUCAUUAAUGGCGAUUCCAGUGAAAAAUUCACCGCUGAUGUUCCAUUUAUCUAAUUAGCCCUUCAAACAAGCAAUAAUCAAAGCUCGUAACCGAUUAGAGAGAAACGGUACAAAGUGGUAGAAUUCGUGAAUCAGCCAUGAGACUAUCUUCGAGGUCCAGCGAAGAUGCAUCUGUCGCCGCCUUCAGAGACGUCGAAUCUCUCUUCCGAACAAAGCCCAUCUCUGAAAUCCGCAAUGUGGAGAAGGAAGCGAAGAAAGAUAUCGAAGAGAAGAAAGAGGAGCUUCGACAACUCGUCGGCAAUAGAUAUCGAGAUCUCAUCGAUUCUGCCGACUCCAUUGUCCGAAUGAAAUGCUCCUGCGAAUCUACUUCCGCCAAUAUUACAAUAAUUGAUCAAGGAAUUCGCUCACUCUCUGCUGCCGCCAUUGCUGGAACUCCCAAAUUGACACCUGAUCCUUCAAGGCUUCGGAUUUACGGGAUCGCUAGUCGUGUGAAGUACCUCAUUGAUACGCCGGAGAACAUCUGGGGUUGCCUUGAUGAGUCGAUGUUUUUGGAGGCUGCAAAUAGGUAUCUCAGGGCCAGAGAGGUUCACGAACUGUUGGUGAGCAGCCGUGCCAACAAGGAUUUCCUGUCUAAUUUUCCUCUGCUUCAACACCAGUGGCAGAUUGUUGAGAGCUUCAAGGGCCAGAUUUCACAGAGGAGUCGGGAAAGGUUGAUGGAUCGGGGGCUUGGCACUGCAUCAUAUGUGGACGCGUUGGCUGCCAUUGCUAUCAUUGAUGAGCUGGAUCCCAGGCAUGUUUUGAGCUUGUUCUUGGAUUCAAGGAGGUCGUGGAUAUCGCAGAAACUAGGUACAUGUGGAUCUGGAGCUUGUGAUUCCGGUUCUGUUGUUUCGAUCUUUUGUGAUGUAUUGAGGGUAAUUCAGCUUAGUCUAGGACAAGUAGGAGAAUUGUUUCUACAGGUCUUGAAUGACAUGCCUUUCUUUUACAAAACUAUACUGAGUUCCCCUCCAAGUUCCCAACUGUUCGGGGGAAUCCCAAACCCUGAGGAUGAGGUUAAGUUAUGGAAACAAUUCAGGGAGCGAUUAGAGUCUGUUAUGGUUAUGCUUGAUCGGGAAUUCAUUGCUGAAACUUGUUCGAAUUGGUUGAAGAAUUGUGGUGAAGAGAUUGUUAGUAAGAUAAACGGUAGGUAUUUGAUUGAUGUAAUUGUGUGUGGCAAAGAGCUUGCAUCGACUGAGAGGCUGAUCCGAGAGACUUUGGAUGGCCGGGAAGCAUUGGAGGGGAGUUUAGAAUGGCUCAGGAGUGUUUUUGGUUCUGAGAUUGAGUUGCCUUGGAACAGGAUCCGAGAUCUUCUUUUAAAAAGUGAUGAGGACCUCUGGGAUGGGAUUUUCGAGGAUGCCUUUGUUAGGAGGAUGGAAAGGAUUGUUGACUUGGGCUUUGAGGAUUUGAGCAGAGUUGUCAAUGUGAGUGAUUCUAUUAGGGAGAUUGUGGCUAGUAAUGGAGACCAGAUUGAUUUCCAGGCAUACUUGACCAGACCUUCCACAGGUGAUGGGGCGUGGUUCUCAGAGCCUAGAGAUAAAAAGAUGGGCCUAGGAUCUGGCUUCAAGGCCACAAAGGAAGAGUUUAAUUUCCAAAGUUAUCUAAAUGCCUAUUUUGGACCUGAAGUUACCCGAAUUAGAGAUACCAUUGACAAUAUAUGCCAGAGUGUUCUGGAAGACCUACUGUGCUUCUUAGAAUCUCCAAAGGCAUCUUCGAGAUUGAAGAAACUAGCACCAUAUCUACAAAAUAAGUGUUAUGAAAGUAUAUUAACCAUCCUUAAGGGACUUGAAAAUGAGCUUGAAUACUUGUCUACUUCUCUGGACAAUGACAGAAAGGAGAAAGACAUUGAGCCUCCGGCUGUAGUUGUUGGGAGAUCUCUGUUCAUUGGUCGACUCUUAUUUGCGUUGCAAAAUCACUCAAGUCUCAUACCAUUAAUAUUGGGUUCUCCAAGGUUAUGGAUGAAGGAUGAUACAGCUAUGGCAUUUGAAAAGUUACCAUCAAUGCUGAGGCGCACCAGUUUGCCCCUUGAUUCCCCAGUGCAUGACAACAGCAGAAGACAAAUUCUUGACAGCCCUAGUAGACAAACUUCAUUGGCUGCUUUGGCCUUGUUUGGAGUGAAUGAUAACAACAGUCCACGACUUGAAGAACUUAGCAGGGUUUCACGAGAUCUUUGCAUUAGAGCUCACUCCUUGUGGAUAUCUUGGUUUUCCAAUGAGCUAUCAGUUAUUCUUUCAAGGGAUCUUAAAAGAGAUGAUGCAUUAUUGUCAACAACGUCCUUCAGAGGCUGGGAAGAAAUUGUGGUAAAGCAAGAGCAGGCUAAUGACAGCCAGCCGGAGAUGAAACUAGCACUUCCUUCCAUGCCGUCUCUUCACAUUACCUCUUUUCUUUUCGAAGCUUGCAAAGAAAUUCAUCGAGUUGGAGGUCAUGUUAUUGACAAAUUUAUACUUCAAAAAUUUUCUUUGAGACUUCUGGAAAAGGUGGUUGAUACGUAUAAGGACUUUCUUUCAACUUUAGAGUCUCACAACCCUCAAGUGUCAGAGAAAGGAGUUCUGCAGAUGUUGUUGGACUUGAGAUUCAUUGCUGAUAUUUUAUCUGGGGGUGAUCUCAACAUGAGUGAGGAGUCAUCAAAAGCUUCAAAGUCGAAGGUUCCUUUCAGAGGGAAGGUGGACAGAAACCAGCCUAACUCCAUUAUUAGAGAACGUGUCAUGGGCUUGAUUAAUCAGCUCUCUCAAAUGCUGGAUCCAAUAGACUGGCUUACGUAUGAGCCAUACCUUUGGGAGAACGUGAAGCGAUCUUACCUGAGACAUGCUGUUCUUUUUGGGUUCUUUGUACAACUUGAUCGGGUGUAUUCUGGUACACUGCAGAAGUCUUCCUCUUCUGAAACAAACAUAAUGAGAUGUUCCACAGUUCCACGCUUCAAGUACCUUCCAAUCAGCGCACCAGCACUGUCGUCAAGAGGGGCAUCUAAAUCAUCUCUUCCAAUGAGCUCAAAUGAUAAUUCUUCCCGAAGCUCUUGGAAGACAAUUUCAAAUGAUGCACUCUCUCCAAAGCUUGAUUUUGACGAUAACUCAAGUUUUGGGGUUGCUGCACCAUUUUUGAAAUCUUUCAUGCAGGUUGGUUCUAGAUUUGGGGAGAGCACAUUCAAACUGAGUUCCAUGCUUUCUGAUGGGCAAGUUGGCCGGCUGAAGGACAGAUCAGCCGCUGCAAUGUCGACAUUUGGAGAUAUUCUACCUGUCCAAGCUGCUGGCCUUCUAUCUUCUUUUACAACUGGAAGAUCUGACCCUUGAUUAUUAAUAUUCAUAUUUUCCUCUUCUUCAUUAGGGAUAUCUCUGUAAUUUUUUGAAGAUGAGACAUGAUGGUGCUCUUCGUUGUCAUUUGAAAGAGAUCAGAUUAUGCAAUUCUCGAUGAUUUUGAAGGAGAUUAGGAAUUGAGUCCAUCACUUCCAUUUCCAGAUGGUGUUACAGUGCGGUAAUCAAAAACAAAAAGAUUCCAGGCAAGUGGAUGAAAUGUUCCCUUUGCUUCACUGCAUUGAAGAUCUAACAAGUUGGGGCAAGCAUGGAAAUAUGUUUGGAACUCAGUUCUGAGAAGGUGAGAAAAGCAAAUUAAUCCACAAAGCAAAGCUGAAGCUGAAGCUCUCAUGGACACACAUAUUUUAAAUUAGACGAGAGCAUCAUAAUCAAAUAGUGGAGUCUCUCAAAACAUAUGAAGUUAGCUCCAUAACCCUGUAUGUAUCUUGUAGUUUUACUUUUAAUUUUCUGUUCUCUCAUUCUUGAUUCUAGCUCCUUGCUCCCCCUUGUGGCCUCAUCCUCAUACUUCUAUACUUUAUGUUGACCUCCUGAAACUUCUGUUUGUAAAACCAGCUGUUGGAUUUACAGUACACAGAAAUGUUAUUUUGAACUCACCAUGAAUGUAAUAGAAUUCAUAAAAUCUUGAGAACAUGCAAAACCAUUUGUUACUA